AUGCACCUGGCAUUCUGGACAAAUCCACUGGGUAAGAAAGGUGGAGACAAUUCAACUACUCCGGCGCGCUCUAACGCAGUUAUAGAAAAUAGUCGUAAACGAAAGAAAGUGGAACAUCUCAACAGCCCCCUAACCCAGGCAUCUAUUGAAACUUCCAAUUACUCUUCUGAUGUGCAGGUCCUUACAGAAGAAAUUCGUCUUCUUCGUGAGACUGUGUUGACUUUUAAGAACGACAUGGCAAGUUUUGUGUCGUCACUUGCUCUCUGCGAAAAGAAUCUAGAAGAUAUUAAAGCUGUUCAUUCCUCAAAAAUACAAGAGCUUGAAGCUAAACAACGUGAAAAUGUUGAACUUAAAUCUACAAUUAAUUAUUUGCGCCAAGAGCUAGAUUUUCGUUCGCAGGCUUUCCUAAUAAAUGAACUGGAAGUAAUAGGAAUCGAGGAGGAAUCUUCGGAAAACCCCAUUCAUUUAGCUAUGACUACAGCCAACAAAAUAGGAGUGAAUAUAACGGAAAACGAUCUUGAUAGUGUCACAAGAGCGGGUCCACGACACCACAGUAAAGACUCAAAUUCUGAUUCCAAUUACCCAGCUCAACCUCGACCACUUAUAAUCCGCUUCACUCGCAAAAUCGUUCGUGACUUGUUCCUAAAAGCUGGAAGAUCUCGUAGAACAUUGCAUAGUAAGGACAUUGUUGGACAUGGGCCGGAGCGAAAGGUCUACGUAAACGAACGUCUAACACGCGAAAAAAGGCAGUUAUUUCGAGACACUAGAAGAGCAGCCUCCGAUGCUAACUUUAAAUACUGCUGGAUUAAAAAUGGUUCCAUCUAUAUUCGUAAACGCACUGGGAGUCCAGCAAUUAAAAUCCAAUCGAGCGACGAUUUGCUUCGUAUGCCUUUUCAUUCUGCUAACUAG